AUGACUGCUACAAAUGAUGAAAAUAUUGAUGAAUAUCAAACACCGACAUAUGAAAACGAAAAAUUAGAGAUACUCAUUCGAAAAAUGCGACUAUGCAAAUCAGCAACAUUUUAUGUAAAUUCUAUUUCUGAUGAUGAUAUAAAAUUAAUUGCAGAUGAAUUGAGAACAAAUCGUGUAUGGAAUUCUCUGCGAAUAAUAGGUCAAAAUCUGGUUAAUGAAGAUGGUUUUAAAUAUUUAUUCGAAGCACUAGCAAUUAAUACGGCAGUGAAAGCUCUUCAUCUGUGCGGUAAUUCACUCGAAGAUAGACGAACUACAUCUUUCAUCGAUUUUCUUGUAUCGAAUACGACCAUAACUGAUGUGAACUUGACUGAUAAUCAAAUAACCGAGAUUGGUGCCCAAGCAAUCGGUGAAAUGCUACGAACAAAUUCUACAGUCAUCAAUUUAAUAUUACAUGCCAACCCAAUAUCGGAUAAUGGUGUAACAUUCAUUGCUCGAGCUCUUCAACACAAUGAAAAUUUGACGAUUUUGAAGAUCGGCAGGGCCGGUAUAACAGAUGUAGGUGCAGAAGAAUUAGCAUCGAUGAUUCGAUCAAACAAAGCAUUAAAAGCAAUUUCGCUUGAUUACAAUCAAAUUGGCGAUGCAGGAAUACAGGCUAUAUGUAUGGCCAUGAAACAGAAUCAAGUCUUACAAGGUAUCGAUAUUCGGCAAAAUAAAAUCUCAGAUCAAAGUAUUGACAGUAUCGCUUCCAUGAUUCAAAAUAAUCGAACAUUGAAUAGAUUGGAUCUAGCACGCAAUCAAAUCAGUGAUCAAGGAAAAGAAACAAUAAGGGAAAUAAACGUGAACCAUGAUAUAAUCAAAACUAUAAUACUAUGA